GCCGGGGCACGGAGCACCGCCGGGACAUCACUGCCCCGUUCCGCUGUGCCGUCACAGAGCGGAAUCACUGCCGGGGCACGGCGCCUCCCCGUGCCGUGCCGUGCCGUGCCGGGCGGGCGGGCGCUGCCGGUUCGCCAUGGGGCAGUGCCUGCCCUGCUUGGGGGAUGCCGGCAAGGACGUGGUGGAGACGCCGGACCCGGAAAUAAAAAGAAGACAACUAGCAGAAGCCGCUGAAAAGAGGCAGAUGGAGGCUUCCUCUCGAGGUAUUAAGAAUGCUUACUCUGUAGAGCAGAAGAAAAAGAAACAGGAAGAAAUAGAAAGAAGACUUGCAGCUUCACGUCCUGGAGAAGGAGGUCUGAGAUGGCAGGUUGGAUAACACAUGACUGCUGAAGAGAAGAUGAUUGAUGUUUACUGCCAGCAACUUGUCAGGUUUUGCAGUCAAGUGACACUUGGUCAUCAUGUGCUGUUUACCUCUGAAGACGCAGCAGUACUUUGCCAUUGUGGGACAACGGAUGUGGAAGCAAUUAACAAAGAAACUUAAGAACUAAUUCUGAACACUAUGGUUUUGCCAAUUUUGUUUGUUUGUUUUCCUUGCAUGGUUUAUUGCUUCCCUGACAAGACUUCCUGUCAGCUGGAAGUGGCCUCCUUAUGUGUAGCCAGUCAAUAUGUGUACACUGUCUGGUCAGCUGAUGUCUGUCUGUCUGUCUGUGUAUGACUGGCUUGAGCAAGCUCAGGUGCCAAGUGUUGGUUUUAAUGCUUAUUUCAAGCUCUGCAAUUAAACUUUUCUCCAAGUCCUCAUGUAGAAAGUUUUUCAUAUUUAUAUAUGUAUUUGAAUAUGUGGAUGACAGCAUUUCUUUUCUGUUUCCUAAUGACUCUUGCACUGCUUAGGAAUUAGUGCCUUUUUGAAAAAAGAAGAGUAGAGUCAUGGUGGGUCCUUAGAAAUGGAAUAAUUUUGUGGCUAGUAAAAGAAAAAAUAGAAAGCUUUAUAAAUCCUGUGUACUUAGAUAAAGAAUGUAAUUUUAUUAUGUGUAUAAUAAUUGUUCUCGUUUUCUCAUGUGGGUUAGAGUCUAAAUAUUUAUACUGAAUACUGAAAGUUAAACAUGAAAUUAAAAAUCCUGUUA